AUGGAGGACUUGGAUAAAACCUCAACCCCCGCAUCAGGCCUCCCUCUCGCAUUUCACGGCACCGCAAUUCACUCUCGCAGCUUGACUGAACUCCAGAUUCUGGAAAACUGCUUCAUUCUGGUCGAUAAAACAGGCAAGAUCCAAGCACUGCAAGCAGACGUGGAAUCCAGUCAAAUCAGCUCCAUCAUCUCGGAUCACGGAUAUGCGCCCGAUGUGUUCCCAGUCAAGUAUCUUCGUCGAGGCGAAUUCUUGUGUCCGGGCUUCGUGGACACCCACAAUCAUGCCCCUCAGUGGACACAGCGUGGUGUGGGCCGCGGCAUAUCACUGAUCGACUGGUUGAACAAAGUUACGUUCGCCCACGAAGCCAAGUUCGCUGACGCCGAGUAUGCCAAGCGCACGUACGCUUCGUGUGUCGAGGGCUUCCUCCAGCAGGGUAUUACGACUGCAUCCUACUAUGGAUCUCAUCACGGUGAAGCGACGUGUAUCUUGGCCGACACCUGCUACGAGAAAGGCCAGCGAGCCUUGGUUGGCAAGUGCAAUAUGAAUCGGAACGCUCCAGACUGGUAUCGCGAUCCAUCCAUCUCGGACUCCUUGCGCGAGACACGAGCAUUGAUCCAGCACGUCCAGGGUCUUGAUCCAGAAGCUCGGUUGGUGAAGCCCGUCAUCACCCCUCGAUUCGCAAUUUCGUGCGAAUCGGAUCUUCUCUCGGGUCUGGGGGCUAUUGCUCAGGAAUAUCCUGACCUGCCGAUUCAGACCCAUUUCAACGAGGAAAAGCAGGAGAUCGAGUUCACCCGCGAACUGUUUCCAAAUUUCCACCUAGAAGCCGAUCUAUACCGGCAUUUUGGAUUACUUAACGACCGAUCUAUCUUGGCCCACUGCAUCUAUCUGGAAGAAAAAGAAAUGGAGAUGCUACAAGAGCUCCGUUGUGGUGUGGCGCACUGCCCAAUUGCCAAUACCACCAUGCGCGAUUUUAUGAUUGCGCCCAUUCGCGAGUACCUUCGCCGCGGGAUCAAGGUCGGUCUGGGGACAGACAGUGGCGGUGGGUAUUCCUCAUCCAUGUUGGAUGCGAUGAAGCAAGCUUUCGUGGUGUCGAUCGCCCAAAAGACGCUCACCAACGGACGAGACGAACCAUUGUCACUGGCCGAGGGGUUCUACCUCGCGACAAUGGGCGGAGCUCAAGUUUGUGGCUUGGAGGAUAAGAUCGGUAGCUUUGCGGUGGGAAAGGAGUUCGAUGCCCUGGAGAUACAUACUGUCGAUCUUGAGCAACGCGGGGUGAUGUCGCCCGUCGAAGAGGAUGACUCGACUUUCGUCAUCUUUGAAAAGUUUCUCAUGACGGGCGAUGAUCGGAACAUUGCCAAAGUUUAUGUCCAGGGGCGAUCGGUGAAAGUAUGA